AUGGGGUCGCGCUUCAACUACAAGACUAACAAACCUGCCGUUGCGGUGACCACUUUCGUGCUUCUGGUCUCGGUCAUCCUAUCUGUCUCGGCGCGACUGGUGACCAAAUAUGGAUUAUUCAGGAAGCUCGCCCAUGAUGAUCUCGCCAUCAUCGCGUCGCUUUUAUUUGCCAUCCUCCAGGAUAUCGGCAUAGCUUUGGCGGUAGAUUCUGGUUAUGGAGAUCACCAGACCGAUGUCUCCGAUGGUGACUUGGGCCAAAUAAUGAAGUUAGCAUGGCGUUAUUUUGUUGCAGCCUCGAACAUCGCUACCGAUCUUCUCAUCAUUGCCCAGAUAAUGGUGCUGAUUAUCAACAUUCAAACGUCGAUUUCGCGCCGUAUGAUGUUUUUCGGUAUCUUUGCGCCUAGGAUUUUUGUGGUAAUCACAGCCCUGGUCGAGCUCAUACUCAUGAGGCAAUCUACAUAUACGAACGACCAGACGUACCGCAUGUACGAUCUCACCAUUAUCAGCGUCGUCAUCCAAUGCGUCAGUAUUGUGACGGCAUCCUGGCCCCAACUGAUGCUUUUUCUCUCCUGGAUGCAAUCCAACGGGCUCCGGCUCAAUAAUGUCCAAGAUGAGUCUUCAUGGUCGUACUAUAUGACCGUGCAAUCGCAAAUCCAGACGAGUUCGCAGGAUCGGAAGAGCAGAAGCCCCAGAGCCCUUGCUCCUACGGUACGCCGAGAUCAGAUCCUUGUCACGCAGGAGUGGGAUGGUCAAAGCCAAUUGAGCGUCGCGCGCAUAAUCAGGGAAGAGAAAGAUGAAUUGUCGCACGGUACCAUGCAGGGCUCAAGCGAUCGAAGUAGCUAG